CAAACGACGUGCGAUGUUUGUUUAUUUAUAACAAUGUGAGGAGCAGGUGAUAGUGAACAAUUGCGGGUAGAAAUAUGAAAUAACUGUCGGCAGAAAAAUUAUAAAGCCAUGUCAGAUCCAGAAGAUGAGUUAAAACAGGGGCCUUUCCUGUUUGGCCGAGACAUAUCUAAAAUACCGUGUUUUCGAAAUACUUUCCUGUAUGGAAUCACCAGUGGUUUUGGUGCUGGACUUACGUACUUCCUCUUCACAAGCCGAACAACAACAUCAUCACAUGUCGCUGCAGGAACAUUUGUUGGAGUUUCCUUGUCUUAUUGGAUUUACUGCCGGUUAAAUUGGUCAAAACAGAGAUUUGAAUAUCAGAAACUUAAAUACGCUAUGAAGCAACAAAUGCUCUAUGAAGGUACUGAAUUAGAGGAGAAACUGAAAGAUUAUGCUAAGAAACUGGAAGAAAGUGAGAAGUUAAAAUAAUUUUCAGGGAUUUUGCCAUCAAGUUAUUUAUUUUACAUUUUUACUGUACACUAGUUACGCAAAGUGAAACAUUUUCUUUGUUACCAAGUUAAUUUUUCAU